UUCCGCAUUCACGCUCACCCUUUCGGGAAAUUAUGGGUGUGAUAGGUGUCCUUCCGGGCAAUAAGCAUGGCUUAAAGGUGUAUAGUCCGUCAAACUUCGCUUACCGCUGCACCGCCUCCACCACGACCACGAUAGGCGCAAUACAACAUCUGAUUGGAGAAUUGAAAACGAAUCCAAGCAUCAACUGCAUGGAAAUUACUAGGACCGCCCAAUCUGAGAUGAGAGGCGUGGGCAAUUCCCAGAAUGGCAAGCUUCCAGAAGGGCACCGCACAUAUGAUGACGGCCGACCCCUGGCUAGCUUUCCCACUAAUCGCUCGACUGUUCUUUGUUACAGGAGAAUUUCGCACGUUGGCGGGCGGGCAAAAAUGAUGAUGGCACAGACGAAUGGUCGAACACCGACUGGUGUACUCAAAAUGGUCAUUGAGAUGGCCUUUUGCAACUCAGAUUUGGCCGAGAAGUUACGAAAUUGCGGAGGUAUUCGAAAUAGUUUGGGCCGGACGGUUAAGGCGUCUCAAGCGAGUCAAGUCGAACCUUAGUACAGCUGCUACGAUCGCGAUGCCAAUUUGAUAUGCUGACCAUAGUCACGACAAAUUCAAGCCUUCAUUCAACUAUCACUAGUGGAGGAACGGCAUGGAAUCACGACGUCGUAUAAC